ACUUCCGUCAUUGUGCAGCAGCAAACUUAAUCCGGCCUGUCAACGGCUGGGUGCUCAACCGCCUGUGGUUCAACGUAAAGCCGGUUCAUCGAAACAUGAAAUGCUGGCUGGAUGAACAUUUGAAACCCUGCUGAUCAUGAGUGGGACCGUGAGAGGGAUUUCAGAGGACAUGGAUCGACGGAUUGUACAGGCUGUAUGUGACGAGGACACAAUGUCUUCUACCUCAGUGGGAAUGUCGGAUUUGUCCGAUGAGAUCCUGCUGUGUAUUCUCCGCCAUGUUCCAGUAUGUGACCUGGUGUUGAAUGUGGCAAAUGUCUGCCACAAGUUGCACACACUGUGCCAUGAUAAGACCCUGCUCUCAAACGUCAGCUUAUCUGAGGAGUAUCUGGCUGAUGAUCUCUUGGUUCGGCAGAUACUGAAGCAGCUAGCCAAUCACGUGCAGUCUCUCAGCCUGAAUGGUUGCUACUGGCUGUCUGGCUCUACAAUGGAGCUUCUUGCUCGCUGCAGAGGAGUGACGCACCUCGAUGUCACCGGCUGUCGCAUCACUUCCCUUCGUCUCUCUCGUCUCCUCUCCUCCCUCUCUCUACUCAGAUCACUCGCUUUUGAUGUGACGCCAGGCUUCAACUCUGCUCAGCUCAGUUCAGAGGCGGUGGAUUCACUGAGCCGCCUGUCGGAGCUCAGACAGACACUGUUGACGCCGAGUUACGGUGUAGUGCCAUGCUGCGCCCAACUCCGCAAGCUGAUGCUGCAGUUUGACAUCCCAGAUGUGACCAGAGAGGGUGUCAGUGUUUGCUGUCAGUUAAUGGUGGGUCAGAGCAGUGUGCCACAUUACCAACAGCUGGAGGAGUUCACUGCCAGGCUGGCUCCAGGAGAGGUAAACCAGACCUUGCUCCUGCUCUACCUGGCAGUGUUCAGUGUUCAUGUUCCAAAGCGUCUGAGAGUUUUCCUUGUGUCGAUUCCCGGCCCAAACCCUGCUCACUGGCCUGCUGCUCCCUCACUGGCCCAGAGCUUGGGUCAACGAGGUGAACUGGAGGCCCUGCAGCUCCCUCGGUCCUGGCUAGAUUCCUUGUCCCUAAAGCGAGCCCUGGAGGGAAACAGUCCGAAGCACCUCAGCUUCAGCCGCUGCCCGGCGCUGUGGCCACAGGUGUUCCAGUCGUUGCUGGAGGGAGGAGUCAGAGAUGCCACACAGCUGAUCAGCCUGAACCUCAGCGGGAUCAACCAGGUCCUUUACUCAGAGUGUAGGAGUGCGGAAGAUCAGCUGGUUCCUGGGACAAUGAGCCGGUUGGCAGUUGGCUGUUCCAACAUUAAACACCUGAACCUGAUGCAUACACAUUAUCAUCAUGAAAACUCGCCUGCGCUAGGUGGAGAAACACACCUGUGUGCCAGCUUGGCCAAAUUCGGGCACCUGCGCUCUCUCACUCUGCCUGCCUGCGCUCUGUCAGACGGCUUAAACUCACAUCAAAUCUCUACAAACAACACGUCUCCCUCUCCGUUGUUCCUGGGGUUAAAGAAGAAUCCACGUGUGGGGCUCCAGAAUUACAGGCCUGAUUCAGAAUCUUCUCUGUCAGGGGACAGCACCUCAGGGCUCACUCGGCUCUUAGCUGGCUGCCCUGUUUUAGAGACCUUAGAGCUCAUUGGUCCAGGUUUUGUCUCUGCGUUGCCUCGGCUUGAGCCCUGCGCUCGUGCCAGUGUGGAGCCUCGUGGCAUGUGUGCGUGGGCACGAGGAGUUGGCGAUGCACACUUAGCAGCACUUGAGGCUUUGCCUCGAUUACGUCGUCUGACUCUGGCUGGCCUUCCUGGGGUCCUUAGGGGGACAGGGCUGAUACAGCUGACCAGGCAGUGCAAAGACCUACAGGUAUUAUCCCUUGCCAACAUGGGAUCACUAAAAACCAUGAACUACACCCCUGCCUUGCUGGACACACUUAAACAGUGCACACAGCUACAGGAACUCAGGUUAGAGCAGCCCUACCUGAAUGCCAACGCGUCAUUCUUUGAGGCUCUGUCCUGUUGCAGUCAUCUGCAACGUCUCUGCCUUAUCUCCCGCAGUGGUACCUUUGACCCAUCGGCCACAGAAACCUUCAUGGAGCGAUGCUGCCAUGUCAUCAUGUGCCACAUGUUCAUGGGUGGCACUUUAACAGCUUGUCGCACACUGCAGAAAGCUCUGCUGGACAGAUUUUCAGUUGAGCGCUCGGCCCUGAGCGUGGUCAUCUAUCCGUUACAGCAUGAAGACCUGCCGUCAGUCAUCAGGGACAUCCCACUAACACUGCUGGAUCGGAUAACUUUGUUCCAGAGCCAUGUGGCCCAACCACCACAUUUAUCACAGCUGUGACAUCACCAGAAAGGUUCAGUGUGAUUGGUGCUCAACAGCUGAGGCACUCAGAUCGUUUUUUUCCCGCGGGAAAUAAAAUUCACAAAUGAAAGACUGACUGUCAUCUGCACAGUGAUUUCUGAUUGUGUGAUUUGUUACAUCAACAACAGUUUCAGGCUGCUUGACAACAAUACAUCAACCAUGAUUGUUUACAUGUCAUGUACAUGUAAACAAUCAUGGUUGAUGUACUUCAACAGGUGGUCUUCAAAGGGAAAUUUGCUUUCUGAGGCUGGUAAGGAGUUUUAGUUUAUUGUUCCAGGACAUUUCACAUUUGCUGCCAUUGGGGCCUCAAUUAUUGCCACUCAAGUCAAAAAUCAUUUCUGUCACUACACCAGUCAGCUGUCAGCUAUAAAAAUAAGUGCCAAAAUGAUAAAUUAUGGGGUGUAUUUGUUCAGAAACUUUGUAUACAUGACCUGAAUCAAAUUAUGUUGUAAUAAACUCCAUGUACAUUAUUUUAAA